AUGACUCUCAAGUUUGGAACCUUAACCGCUAUUGUAAUCUCUUCUCCAGAGAUAGCCAAAGAAGCAUUAACCAAACAUGACUUAGCAUUUUCCAAUAGGCAAGUCCUUCAUAUCACUACAGCACUUGGCCACAACAAAGUCUCUAUGGUGUGGUCACCCGUAUGUGAUCAUUGGAGAACACUAAGGAAACUAUGUUCCACAAACAUAUUCUCCCCUCAAAGGCUUGAAUCAACUAGCAAACUUCGCCACAAAAAGGUGCAAGAAUUGGUGAAUUUUGUUGGAACAUGUUGCACCAAAGGUGAAGCUAUUGAUAUUGGUAAUGUUGUGUUCAUAACAAUAAUGAAUUCAUUGUCCAAUACCUUUUUUUCUAUGGAUCUUGCACACUACUAUGGAGCUAGUGAUGAUUAUGAUCAUGGAUCUCAUCAAAAUUUCAAGGAGCUUAUAGAGGGUAUAUUGGAUGAUGCUGGAAAGAUUAACGUUGUAGAUCUUUUUCCAAUUCUAAGUUUCCUUGAUCCACAGGGCCUUAGAGGAAGGUGUGAAGAAUCUUUUAAAAGGUUGUUGGAGGUUUUCAAUGAUAUUCUUGAGGAAAGAAUGCGGCUAAAAGUAUUAUCCAACAAAAGCAGCUUUGGAGGAACUUGUUGUGAUGUACUAGAUUCUUUCUUGGAUCUUCUCAAAGUGUAUGAGUCUUCAGAACUGAGUCGCCACCAUUUAUUACAUCUAUUUCCAGACUUGUUUAUUGCUGGAUUAGAGACAACAACAAGCACGGUGGAAUGGGCAAUGGCAGAAUUGGUGCAUAACCCUAAAAAAAUGGCUAAAGCCAAAGAAGAGCUUUUACAAAUUUUUGGUAGAGAUGAAAACCCUAAAGAAUCAGACAUAUCAAAGCUACCUUACUUGGAGGCAAUUGUAAAGGAAACAUUUCGGUUGCACACUCCAAUUCCCAUUUUGUUCCACAAAUCAAAUUUCAAUGUAGAAAUCAAUGGCUUCAAAGUUCCCAAACAUGCGGAAGUUUUAGUUAAUUUAUGGGCCAUAGGACGAAAUUCUAGCAUUUGGAGUAAUCCAAAUUCCUUUGUGCCAGAGAGAUUUGAAGAGUGGAAAAUGGACACAAAAGAUAACAAUUUUGAGUUCAUUCCGUUUGGAGCUGGAAGAAGAAUGUGUCCUGCGAUUUCAUUGGUACAUAGAAUAGUACCUUUGAUUAUAGCCACUCUUUUGCAUUGUUUUGAUUGGAAGAUUGCGGAUGAGAAGAAACCACAAGAGUUAGACAUGAGAGAAGAAUAUGGUCUUACUGUGCGUAAGGCUCAACCACUUUUACUCAUUCCAAUUUCUAUCAAUUAA